UCUCCGGGUGUCUCAAUGACACCAAUGGAGAAACUAAAUAUUGCCCGUCAACUUUCCAAAUUAGGUGUUGAUGUCAUUGAAGCAGGGUUCCCAGCCGCAACAUCAUCCGAAGCAGAAGCGGUCAAGUUGAUAGCACAAGAAGUCGGAAAUGCGACCAACGAUGAUGGUCAUGUGCCAGUUAUUUGUGUCCUGGCUAGGUGUACCGAGAAGGACAUCGAGACGUCGUGGAAUGCUGUAAAAUACGCCAAGUAUCCGAGACUUGGAAUGUUUUUACCGACAAGUGAGCUUCAUAUGAAACAUAAGGUGAAUAUGUCGAAACCCCAAGUGCUUGAAAAGGCAAAGAAAAUGGUGACGUAUGCAAAGAGUUUGGGUUGUAAUGACAUUGCAUUUGGUGCUGAAGAUGCUUCAAGAUCAGAAAGGGAAUUUUUAUAUGAAUAUUUGGGUGAGGUAAUAAAAGCAGGUGCGACUACUCUUUGCAUUCCUGAUACCGUCGGCUAUAACUUGCCUCAUGAGUACGGACAGCUCAUUGCUGAUAUAAAAGCCAACACUCCUGGCAUUGAGAAAGCCAUCAUUUCUGCCCAUUGUCAUAAUGAUCUUGGACUUGCUACUGCCAAUUCUUUACAGGGGGUUUAUUCGGGCGCAAGACAAGUUGAAGUAACAAUAAAUGGAAUUGGGGAGAGGGCUGGUAAUGCUUCGUUGGAAGAGGUGGUAAUGGCUAUAAAUGUGAAGGGAGGUUCAUUGGAUGGUCUUUACACCCGGAUCAACACAAGGCACAUUAUGUUAACUAGUAAAAUGGUAGAAGAGUAUACCGGAAUGAAGGUCCAGCCACACAAGGCAAUCGUUGGUGCUAAUGCUUUUUCUCAUCAAAGCGGGAUCCAUCAGGAUGGAAUGCUUAAGAAUAAAAGCACCUACGAAAUCAUGACUCCUGAAGAUAUUGGACUUCAUCGAUCCAAUGAAUACGGACUAAUAUUAGGAAAACUUAGCGGACGCCAUGCUUUGAAAGUUAAACUUUACGAGCUUGGUUAUGACAUUGAUGGAAAUGAUCUAAAUGAUCUCUUUUGGCGUUUUAAGUCCAUGGCGGAAAAUAAAAAGGUUUUUACAGACGAUGAUCUGAUUGAUUUGAUGUCAACCCGAGUUGCAACUACAUAUGCAUAAUAAUUACUCUUUAUAUAUUCAAGUUUCUACGCUAAUGUACUGAUUGUUUUCGGGUUUGAAUUAUUUUCAUUUUUGUACGUACAUCUUGGUCGUAUUAAUAAUUGCUAGGUGAUAUUACAA